GUUUCGACGGAACGGAGUUUUCAGUGAGGGUUGGUUUCAGACGGACCGCGAAGUUUGACGUACCAGAGACAACUUUGUCUAAAGGCGAGAUACGAGAUGAUUCCAUAUUAAUUACUUGCAGUAAUUAAUUACUGAUACAGUAAUUUAUUCAACAAGGAAAACGUGGGACACAUUAUCAUAUGCUAGGCAGUACUACAACUGCUCACUACGUCGUUCACUUUGAGCUAAAUCCUCCAAGUUGUGUUGUGUGUGCUAUUGCUAGCUAAGCAUGCAAUACCUCAGGACUUUAAAACCCUCGUUUGCUAUUCCCCAGUACCGGAUACCUGUGAGGCGUAUCCAACCCAGAUAUUGUUGUAAUUUAGCUAACACCCGUGUCACCUCAAGAGAGAGGAGGACAACUGUGAACAAGUUCAAGACUCAGUUGGCCUCUGGUCCAAGUUUUCAGGAUUUCAUCAAAGGAGUUUCAGUUAUUAGGACGCAUGCUGCAGAUGGAGAAUACUCCGACACACAUGGUUAUCUUUCACAGGAGUUGGAGAUGGGGAAUUCAAGGAAAGUGUAUUUUGAAACCUAUGGAUGUCAAAUGAAUGUAAAUGAUACAGAGAUAGCCUGGUCCAUACUACAGAGGAGGGGAUAUGAACGCACUGUUGACUUAAAUGAGGCAGAUGUUGUCCUUCUGGUUACAUGCUCUAUAAGAGAAAAAGCUGAACAGACAAUUUGGAAUAGACUACAACAGCUAACAGCUAUGAAAAGGAAACGGUUGAAGACACACACACCAAUGAAAAUUGGGAUCUUAGGUUGCAUGGCAGAGAGGCUAAAAACUGAUCUCUUGGAGCGGGAGAAAUUGGUAGAUGUGCUUGCUGGUCCAGAUGCCUAUCGGGAUCUUCCCCACCUCUUGACUGUAGCUGAUGGAGGUCAACAGGCGAGCAAUGUGCUUUUGUCUUUAGAGGAGACAUACGCUGACAUCAUGCCUGUCCACCAUGCUCCUCAGGGAUACAGUGCUUUUGUUUCCAUCAUGCGAGGUUGUGACAACAUGUGCAGUUACUGCAUUGUUCCCUUCACCCGAGGCAGGGAGAGGAGUCGGCCUGUCAGCUCCAUUCUUGAGGAAGUUCGUAUGCUGUCUGACCAGGGUGUGAGGGAGGUGACAUUACUGGGUCAGAAUGUGAACAGCUACAGAGACACAUCAGAACAGUCCUGUGGCUCAGACCCAACCCAGCUCAGCCGGGGCUUUAAGACAGUGUACCGGACAAAACAGGGUGGUCUGCGCUUCUCUGAUCUGCUGGACCGAGUGUCACGCAUCGAUCCUGACAUGAGGAUCAGAUUCACCUCCCCUCAUCCCAAGGAUUUUCCAGAUGAGGUUUUGCAUCUGAUCGCAGAGCGAGGAAACAUUUGCAAGCAGAUUCACCUUCCAGCACAGAGUGGGAGCAGUCAGGUCCUGAAAGCAAUGCGCCGUGGCUACACACGAGAGGCAUACCUUGAUCUUGUGAAAAACAUCAAGAGAAUCAUCCCAGAGGUGAGUCUCAGCAGCGACUUCAUCUCAGGCUUCUGUGGUGAAACAGAGGACGACCACCAACAGACCCUGACUCUGAUCAGAGAGGUGGGCUACAAUGUGGGAUUCCUUUUUGCCUACAGUAUGAGAAAGAAAACCCACGCCUACCAUCGGCUACAGGAUGACGUGCCAGCAGAGGUGAAGCAGCGGAGGCUGGAGGAGUGUAUCAGUGUAUUCAGGGAGGAAGCUGCAAGGGUCAACACUGCUCUCAUCGGCAGCACAGAGCUUGUCCUGGUGGAGGGAGAAAGUAAAAGAUCUGCCGAGGACCUGUGCGGCAGAACUGAUGGCAAUAUGAAAGUGAUUUUCCCCAAAGAGGAUGUUGCUGCUCAGGCUCCAGAAUCCGACACUGCACCAAUUAAUGCUGGAGACUAUGUGCUGGUGAAGAUAUUGUCAGCCAACUCGCAGAGCCUGAGAGGUCGAGCUCUCAGUCACAGCUCCCUGAGAGGCACAGACACAACCAUGACUGAAACCUGCCCUUGACUGACACAUAUUGUACAUAUUGAACUACUUAACUGAAACCUGUUUGGAUGAUGUAAAUUAAAACAAUACUGUUGGUUUUACCACA